AUGGCGCCGACUAAGAAGAGCGACUCGCUGAACAAGAAAUCUCUCUCCAUCGAUCGUUCCAUACGAGAUGAAGCCAAAAGGAAACCACGCGAGUUCCAGGCUCUGGUGCUUGGAUCCGAAUCCAGACUGGACAUUCUGGCGGCCGCAAAACUCAAGGGCGGAAAGUCAUACACGAGCGACGAGUUAAAUAGCUACAAACGUCUGGUGAUCAAGAUUUUGACGGAAUGCGCACGUGCUAUUGUACAAGAAAUCCGGCGCCUCAAGAUCGAUCCAGAGGCAAAGUACUUUUGGCGAUACGUUGAGUUAAUAGAUGGCUACUGCAAUGGUCUCGAGUUGUCCACGAAGACAUACUGGGAACUGGAUCCCGCGUUCGUCAACGCACUUGAGUCCAUCCUACAAAAUCCGCGUGUCUCGGGGCUAUUGGAACCGUCUGGAGAGAGCGCUCUUCCCAGCUCAGCCGAAUAUUUCUUUGCCGAGAUCUCAAGAAUCUCAUCAUUCGAUUACAUGCCAACAGAGAUGGACAUUAUUCAAGCGACGAGCUCAUCCACGGGAAUAUACGAUACCAGGCUCCGGGUAAACGAUCUCAGCAUCCAUCUUUUCGACAUUGGCGGCCUAAGCGGCAAGAUAAAGAAGUGGAUUCAUCAUUUUGACGCUGCCAAAUUUAUCAUAUUUGUCGUUGACCUGGACCAGUACAAUCAGGGAAGCCGAAUGGCGGAAAACAUGCGGUUAUUCGAGACCAUGGUAAACUCCAAGUGGUUCAUCAAGGGAUCCAUCAUCCUGCUCCUGAACAAAACGGCCACCUGUAGGAAUAAGCUACAGACGAGCCCUCUGGCCGACUAUUUCCUGGACUAUACUGGCGGCAGAGAUAUCCGCAAGGCCGCCGAUUACAUCCUAGGGCGGUUCUACAAUCUCAACCGGGAAGGCGUGCCAGUUUAUCCCUGCGUGGCGGAGAAUAGCGACGUGUCGACGCUGGGGUGUGUCCUUGCGACUAUGAAGGAAGCACUACUAAAUGAAUAUCUGCGGGAUACGACAAGGAUAUUUUAA